GAUGCCACUACCCCUAGAUAGUACAUUCUUCGUCUAAAUCAUCACCCUCCUGAUUAUAGACUAUAAAUACAGCCUUGUACUGCUCAAAACCAAACCUAUUAAUUAGACUUAAUCAAUAAAUCUAUCCCGGAUUCCAUCAAAAGUACAUAAUGGAUAUAAAUCACUCAUAGAGAAGAUUCAGUUACGUAAGAUAUCCCAAGUCUCUUCAUCUUAACAUUACGAUCCAACUAAUUUUGCUCAAUCCAACACUAUGUCAAUUUACACCAAAUAAUUCCACAUCUUCACUUAGAAAAAUUCUAGGGCAAACACUUGCAUCUAAUAGCUCAGUUACACCUCUGAUCCCAUUAUUAAUCAUUAAAAAUAGAAAAAAUCCCAGCAACCUUAAACUGCCUUUAAGAGAAACCCAAGAAUACUGCCUAGACAUAUUCCAUUGUCUCCUUCAAUUCCUUUUGGUCCACCGAUAACAGCAUAGAGUUGGUGUAUUAUAAAUGGGAAGGAUGGAUCACUCUUGGCUGGUUUCAAUGAAAAACUUAAAUGUUAAGUAGCAUCCAUCACCAAAAUUAUGACAUGUUUGUUAUCUCUUAAAUUCGUUUCGUUAAUAUCACUAGAUCUUGAUAACACUUAUUUUACAGUCCCUGAAGCAGUAUUACAUUAUUUAUAUAUAGGCAGAAAACAUUGGAGGUACUUCAGCAUAACUAUAAACAGGGGACUAAUUAAAUCUAAGAGAUCUUCUUUAUGGUCUCAUGCUCCCUUCAGGAAAUGAUGCAGCAGUCACUUUAAAACACAAUUUCGAAUAAACUACAGGAAUCAAUUUUAUAGAUGAAAUGAAUAAUUGUGCAAAGGAAUUUGGUCUCAAAUCAACAUAAUAUAUGAAUCCUCAUGGUAUUAUUACUUCCACAUUCAUUAGGUUUAUACCAUAAAUUUAAUUACUCUUCAGCUCUUGAUAUUGGGAUCUUAUGUUUUCAAGCAUUGUAAAAUGAACACUUUGCUAACAUUGUUAAAACUAAAAUCUAUUUUAGUGAAAUUAUAGACAAAUUUGGUAACAUAAAAGAAAUCCUUUGGGAAAAUACUAAUAAAUUAUUAGAUAAUGGAUUUCAAGGAGUUAAGACUGGCUAGACUAAAGAGGCUGGACCUUGUGUUGUCGAAUAUUAUUUAGAUAAUAAUAAUUCUUAUAUAAUUGUAUUAUUAAAUUGUAAAUCUACUGAUUACAGAUGGAAUGAUGCAAUUAAAUUAUUGGAUUGGAUAAAAUAAUGA